AUGUCCAACGCGUCUCUUCUUCAAGACCUCUCAGUGGACCAUCGCAGUCCCGUCUUAAGCACAAGAUCCGGCGAAAUUUUUUGCUGUCUGAAAGAUUCAGCGGUCGCGGGACAUCCAGGGGCGCUUUUCUAUCUCGCUCAAUGCUGCGAGCUCGGGGUCAGCACCGCACAAGACACGUUCCGAGCCGAGGGGCUCUACAGAAAGGCAGCCUUCGAUGGCUGCAAGGAGGCUCAAGAGGCCCUUGUGCUGCUCUACACCAUGGACGAUGAUCGGUUUCCGUGGGGCAUCAACGCAGCAAACUUCUGGAGGCAUUACAGGCCGGGCACGCAGCAGGUUGCCGAGAGUCAGUUUGAAGUUGGCAUUUGUUACGCCAACGGACAUGGAGUGCCCCGGGAAGAUACCAAGGCAGCCGAGUGGCUCGCCAAAGCCGCCCAACAGGGCCAUGCAGCUGCUCAGUACACUCUCAGUCUCUGCUACAAUGACGGCAUCGGGGUUCACAAAGAUCGAUCAGCGGCCGCACACUGGCUGACCAAGGCGGCAGAGCACGGUCACCCCGAUGCCCAGUACCGUCUUGGAAAGCACCACCUCAAUGGCCGCAGGACAGCAACCGAUCUAAUCCUUGCCGUCAACUGGCUUGCCCAAGCCGCCGAGCUGGGACACGUGGAGGCUCAGUACAUGCUCGGGUCCAUGUUUUAUCACGGCCAUGGUGCCCCGCGGGACUGGGCAAAGGCCAUCGAUUGGUUUGCUAAAGCCUGGGCCGGUGGACACCCACAGGCGCAGGAAGCCCUCGAUCGCCUGAGACGCGAAACGAGCUGCGUUGCUACGUUUGAUGACCUCGCUCGUCCUUGA